CGAGCUCGGGACUGCCCGGCGGGGCCGCCCGCACCGCCCCCGCCAUGGCCGCGGCCCGCCCGGGGGCCCCCCCGCCGCCGCCGCCUCUGCUCCCCCUUCUGCUGCUCCUGCUGCUCCCCGGUGGCCGCCGCGCUCUGGAGGAGACCCUGAUGGACACAAAGUGGGUGACCUCUGAGUUGGCAUGGACAACUCAUCCAGAGACAGGGUGGGAAGAAGUCAGUGGUUAUGACGAGGCCAUGAACCCUAUCCGCACGUACCAGGUCUGCAACGUACGGGAGGCCAACCAGAACAACUGGCUUCGUACCAAAUUCAUCCAGCGCCAGGAUGUCCAGCGCGUCUAUGUGGAGCUGAAAUUCACUGUGCGGGACUGCAACAGCAUCCCCAACAUCCCUGGCUCCUGCAAAGAGACCUUCAACCUCUUCUAUUAUGAGUCAGAUACAGAUUCUGCUUCUGCAAACAGCCCUUUCUGGAUGGAGAACCCCUAUAUCAAAGUGGAUACAAUUGCCCCAGAUGAGAGUUUCUCCAAGCUGGAGUCUGGCCGUGUGAACACCAAGGUGCGCAGCUUUGGCCCUCUCUCCAAGAAUGGUUUUUACCUUGCCUUCCAAGACCUGGGAGCCUGCAUGUCCCUCAUCUCUGUUCGGGCUUUCUACAAGAAAUGCUCCAACACCAUUGCUGGCUUUGCUAUCUUCCCGGAGACUUUAACGGGAGCCGAGCCCACUUCCCUGGUCAUCGCACCGGGCACCUGCAUCCCCAACGCAGUGGAGGUGUCUGUGCCCCUAAAGCUGUACUGCAACGGUGACGGCGAGUGGAUGGUGCCCGUGGGAGCGUGUACAUGUGCUGCUGGAUAUGAGCCCGCCAUGAAGGAUACCCAGUGCCAAGCAUGUGGCCCAGGAACCUUCAAAUCUAAGCAGGGGGAAGGUCCCUGCUCUCCCUGCCCUCCCAAUAGCCGGACCACCUCUGGAGCAGCGAUGGUCUGCACUUGUCGAAACGGCUUUUUCCGGGCAGACACGGACCCCGCAGACAGCGCCUGCACCAGUGUCCCCUCAGCCCCCCGCAAUGUCAUCUCCAACGUGAACGAGACGUCGCUGGUGCUGGAGUGGAGCGAGCCGCAGGACACGGGCGGGCGGGAUGACCUGCUCUACAACGUCAUCUGCAAGAAGUGCAGCGUGGAGCGGCGUCUGUGCACCCGCUGCGACGACAACGUGGAGUUCGUGCCGCGCCAGCUCGGCCUCACUGAGCGACGCAUCUACAUCAGCAACCUGAUGGCCCACACGCAGUACACUUUCGAGAUCCAGGCCGUGAACGGCAUCUCCAACAAGAGUCCCUACCCUCCCCAUUUCGCCUCUGUCAACAUCACCACCAACCAGGCAGCCCCAUCUGCCGUGCCAACAAUGCACCUGCACAGCAGCACCGGGAACAGCAUGACGCUGUCAUGGACUCCCCCAGAGAGACCCAACGGCAUCAUUCUGGACUAUGAGAUCAAAUACUCAGAGAAGCAAGGCCAGAGCGAUGGAAUCGCCAACACAGUCACCAGCCAGAAGAACUCGGUGCGGCUGGACGGGCUGAAGGCCAACGCUCGGUACAUGGUGCAGGUCCGGGCACGCACCGUGGCGGGAUACGGCCGCUACAGCCUCCCCACGGAGUUCCAGACAACUGCGGAGGGUGGUUCCACCAGCAAGACUUUCCAGGAGCUGCCUUUGAUCGUGGGUUCGGCCACUGCAGGGCUGGUGUUCGUCAUCGUGGUGGUGGUGAUUGCUAUCGUCUGCUUCAGGAAAGGGAUGGUUACUGAACACCUCCUCUCGUCUCCUUUGGGCAGGAAGCAGCGCAACAACACCGACCCUGAGUACACAGAGAAGCUGCAGCAAUAUGUUACCCCUGGGAUGAAGGUGUACAUUGACCCUUUCACCUACGAGGACCCAAAUGAAGCUGUCCGGGAAUUUGCCAAAGAGAUUGACAUCUCCUGUGUGAAAAUUGAGGAGGUCAUUGGAGCAGGGGAGUUCGGUGAGGUGUGCCGUGGGCGCCUGAAGCUGCCUGGUCGCCGCGAGAUUUUCGUGGCCAUCAAGACACUGAAGGUGGGCUACACGGAGCGGCAGCGGCGGGACUUCCUGAGUGAGGCCAGCAUCAUGGGCCAGUUCGACCACCCCAACAUCAUCCACCUGGAGGGCGUGGUGACCAAGAGCCGCCCUGUCAUGAUCAUCACGGAAUUCAUGGAGAACUGUGCACUUGACUCCUUCCUCCGGUUGAAUGAUGGGCAGUUCACAGUCAUCCAGCUGGUGGGAAUGAUGCGAGGCAUCGCCGCUGGCAUGAAGUACCUGUCAGAGAUGAACUACGUGCAUCGGGAUCUGGCUGCCCGCAACAUCCUGGUCAACAGCAACUUGGUCUGCAAAGUGUCUGACUUCGGGCUCUCUCGCUUUCUGGAGGAUGACCCAGCUGACCCCACCUACACCAGCUCCCUGGGAGGCAAGAUCCCAAUCAGAUGGACAGCUCCUGAGGCCAUCGCCUACCGCAAAUUCACUUCAGCCAGCGACGUGUGGAGCUACGGCAUUGUCAUGUGGGAAGUGAUGUCCUACGGGGAGCGACCUUACUGGGACAUGUCCAACCAGGAUGUGAUCAAUGCCGUGGAGCAAGAUUACCGCCUGCCACCCCCCAUGGACUGCCCCACUGCACUGCACCAGCUGAUGCUGGACUGCUGGGUGCGGGACCGCAACCUGAGGCCCAAAUUUGCACAGAUUGUCAACACGCUGGACAAGCUCAUCCGCAAUGCUGCCAGCCUGAAGGUCAUCGCCAGCGUCCAGUCUGGCAUCUCCCAACCGCUCUUGGACCGCACAGUCCCGGAUUACACCACCUUCACCACCGUGGGAGACUGGCUGGAUGCCAUCAAAAUGGGACGGUACAAGGAGAACUUCGUCAAUGCUGGGUUUGCUUCCUUUGAUCUGGUGGCACAGAUGACUGCGGAGGACCUGCUGAGGAUAGGGGUGACGCUAGCAGGGCACCAGAAGAAGAUCCUGAGCAGCAUUCAGGACAUGAGGCUGCAGAUGAACCAGACGCUCCCAGUGCAGGUUUGACCACAGAGGACUCUGCAUUGGAACGGAGCAAGGGAACCUGCCAAAAAGGUUCAGUUUGCAGUGCAGCCCAGCUUCCUGUUUCCCCUCCACAUGGCGCUCCUCUGCCUUGGACGGUCGCCUGGGACGGGAUGGGACGGGACGCCCUUCCCUGGAUCGAAGGCACUCAUGCUGAGGGUGUCCAGCUUUUCGUCCUUUGUCCUGGAAUGGCGAGGCAGCAACACAUCUUCAUAUUGAAGAUGGAUUAUGGGACAGAGAUGGCACAUCCCACUUCCCACACUGUCUUGGUGCUCAUCGGUUUGAAGAGUUGUUCUGCUUCUUGGAUUUCUUUUCACCCUGUUUUCCCCCCAGUCCUCACUUCCCCCACCUCCCCGAGGCCACAGACUGUUGACCCGUCCGCCGAGUCCGUCAGACAUGUCCGAAGCCUUCCCUAACUCUGUUCCCCACAUGGAAGCAGCCGGGGGAGGCCAAGCCAGCAACAGGGUUGGGGCCACCAGCCCCAGACAAUCACUCCUCUCCUCCAGCCCUGGCAAGCCCUCCACCCAAGGGUCUGCACUGGAACAUGUCCGAAGGGAAGGCUUCACUCCCUUUUUUGGCUUUGCACGCCAGAACCCGAACCCGAUUUACUAUGCAGGGAGUUAGGCAAAAAAAAAAAAAGGAAAAAAGAAAAAAAAAAAGAGAUAUAUAAAAUAAAAGAUAAGAGGGAGCAGAAAGGGGAGGGAGGGGGACCAGGUGCCCGGCUCCUCAUCUCUUACCCUCUUGGUUCUCCUGGCCGGCUCUGGACUGCAGAGCGAGGCCAUCAGCACGUUUGCACAGGGACCCUCCGCCCCCGGACCGACGGCAGCCGCGCUCCCCCCGAGGGGCCGGAGAGCGGGGCUGGGGCAGGGGCUGCGCCGGGGGCCACGGCUCCCCCAGCCUCCUCUUUUAUGCAGAAGGAGCAGGUGCCGCCGGCGCGGCUGCCCGCUCCUGACACACGCUGUGAUUGCUGCCAAAAGACUCACUCACCUUUCCCUGAGGAUUCACUGCAGCCCGGUUCCUCCGAGCCGAGGGAGAGACUCCCAGCGUGCCUGAGUGUGCGUGAGUGUGUGCAUGCGUGCGUGGGUGUGUGCUGGCCGCAGGACUGUGGGAGGCAAUGGGCAGAAUAAAGGCAAUAAGAAUUUUACCCGAGUUUCCUUUGCUCGAUCGCGCUCUCAUUGGAUGGGCCCGGCUGCCUGCAGCUUCGCUGCCCACCAGGGUCAUCCUUCUCCUCCUCCUGGCCAGCCCCAACCUGGCUGUGUGCCCCUUUCUGCUCUCCCCUUCUCUUGCUGUCAUGUUUUCAGGUUGUCCAACAGGGACCAGGCAGUGAUGCUGUACCAACCCUGUGGUGCUGGGAGACCCAGCGCGCUCCCCAUGAGGUGUAUAGGGCGGAGGCUCUGAGUCCCAGGUCAGAGCCAGUCAGGAAACUUUAAUGUACUAGAAAUACUCAGCAUUUUUUUAUCCCCAUACCCUCCUCAAGUCAAGCCGUCCACACUGCUCAUCCAGUGCCAGAGGGUCCCCACAGCUCUGGGGCUUCUCCAUAGGGCGCUUCUCCUCCCCUGCCUCCCUUUGGGCAGUCUGCCUUCAGCAGGAGGGUUGCAGCAGCCCCUGGCACCCCUGCAUUACUGGCCUCACUCCUCUACAAAAUGGCUCUUGAGCAGGGGGGAGCUCACCAGGGUGAAUGGACCAGCUGCAGGAGGCAAAGUAACCCCCUGGGAGAGCAGAUCUGGGGGGGGCAUGCCCUCAGUCUAGGGGAGAUUUGUCCACAGUAGCCAAGUGGAACCCCAGUUGCUUUUCCUGGGUUUCUCAGGUCCCCCUCAGCUGCACUACCUUGCUAACAGGCUUUUAGGGUGCUUUGCUGGCAGUCCAGAGGGGAAAGUGGUCUCUCCCCAAAAUGAGGGGGUGCACCCCUAUGCUCCCCAGUGCUUGGCCCCAGUCCCCUCCUCCCCAGGCUGACAGCAGGUGCUGAUUUUUCCGUUCCCUUGGAACAGGCCUGCCCUUGGGUUUCUCAUUAAUCCCGUCCUCCUUCACAGGGUAAACAAGUCCAGGAGGGCAGUAGCAGCAGGAACGGUCUCCCCACAUCCCACCAUCUCCUUUGUGAGAUGUAUCUGGGAUGUUGGCUGACAGGGACACCACGGCCCUAUUUUUCUGGGGUUUCCCAUCCUGGCUUGCUCCCUACCCUGGCUGCUCCCCAGCCCUGCCCUGGUGAGACCCAAACAGCCGCGCUGGGCAGACUUCACCCCUCUCCCAGAUCAGGAGAAGAAACCUGGCAUUGAGAGGCUUUCAAAAGCAAAUGACUGAAGAGAUAUGAGAGCCUGUUUGGGGCUUGCUAACCACCCACAGCCUCUCCAUGCAGAAGCACAAUGGGGCACAGGGGCUGCCCCUGCCUCCCUUGCUCCCGCCUCCCUUGCCCCCCUGCUGCUGCAAAGUUUGGGGUCCCAUGAGCCCUGGUGCAUCUCAAACAUCCCCAUCUCAGUUCUCCAUCCUGCCCUGGCAUUGCUUUGAGGAGGGGUUCUCAUUUUAAACAACAAACCCCUUCUGCCACCCUUCUCUAUGCACACCCUGCUCCCAUGGGGCAGGACCCACCAUCCCUGCAGCCAGCCCUGGGUCUCACCCCAGCCACAGGAGUGCACCCAGGGGUGCACCCAGCAGCUCUCCACAUCCUGUACCUGCCUCCUCCCUUUCCAUAUAAAUCUGGGGGAAAGCUGUGUUCCAUGGUGAAAGAAAAGCAACAACAAAAAACAGCAGCCAGGGAAAUCAAUGCGAGCGUGCGUUUGUAAAAAUAUUUUUUAACGGAAAGACUUUUUUUCAAUUAAAUUAUUUAAGGAAUUUUA